GUCACGGCUGAUCUGUCUGUCUGUCGCGCGUAACGUUCCGUCGUUUUCUCGCGGCCGACGACGACGACGACGCUCGCACGCUCGCGGACGAGAAAGACACACGGGGACGAGACGGGGCGCGACGGCUGUGAGAGACUUCGUCUACGUGGACCCCGACGACGUUCCCCGGGAUAACGUGAUCCCCACGGGGCUUCCCCCGUGUGCGUCGCAUUCCCGGAUAAUCGCACGUCUUCAUUCAAAGAUCGCGCAGUCAGUCGCGAUAUUUACAUCGGUCAGUCGAGCAGCUGUCAGUGCGCGACAGACAGACAGACGGACGGACGGGCGGUGCGACGUUCGGUGUGCCAAGAGGGAGGGAGAGAGAGAGAGAGAGAGAUAGACAGAGACGACGGUGAAAAUGCGCGACGAGGAUGAUUUUCAGCAGGCGGCAACGUACGACCCUCAGAAAUUGACAGGCCGUGUGUGUCACUUCAAAGGCUUCACCGACACACCGGCGACAUGGCCACUUACGGCAAUGCGAAACCGCGCAAGAUGAUGAUACACACACCGCGCGGAUGUCUCAUUCGUCGACGGGGCUCGGCGAAAGAGCGAAUUCGCCUCUUUCGCUCGUGAAAUCUCGUGAAAUGUGGAAUCGCUCGGAAUACCUUUCGGGUUUCUCACGUGUAAACAACAAGUGAACGAUUCGCGAUCGAACGUAAAAUUCGUCAAAUCUUAUCAGUUAGAGAGGAGAAAAAAUAGAUCUGACUCGUGGAGGACGCUUUUUUCUCUACACUUGGUUGAUCCGCAUUCGGUGAAAAGGGGAGCAAAUGUUAUCUGUGAAGCCCUCGCGAACGCUGCCACGUGAAGAGAGGCAGGAUGAACUCGCGACAUCUUCUCUCGAGCCACGCGAAUCACGGGAGCCGGCCCACCAUGCGAGACGUCCCAUGAACGCGUUCCUAAUCUUCUGCAAGAGGCACCGCGCGUCAGUCAGAUCCAGCUAUCCGCACUUGGAGAAUCGAGCCGUCACGAGGGUCUUGGGCGAAUGGUGGGCGACGUUGCAUCCCGAUCAGAAGCGUUCCUACACGAAUCUCGCGCAGGAGUACAAGGAUGCGUUUCUCAACGCGAAUCCUGACUUCAAGUGGUACAAAUUGCCGGCUCCUCCACUCCGCACCUUGAACACUAGGCCUACCAACAAGAAGCAAGAAUCGAGUAGCGGCGGUGCGCAGCCCGCAAACAGUGUCAAAUCCGAGUACGAGUCUUCCGAUUGUACAAAGUCAGACAGGCGGGACGGACAAUCGAUUCAACCGGGCAAAUUGGCGGACGAGUCGCAGAUCGGCGGUCUCAGUUCUCUCUUCACUCCUCAGAAGGCCGAGUUGUUCGAGGAACAGACCGCGAUCAACGGUAUAGGGACGGAGAGUGACGCUGUGCCGAAACCGCCCAAGAAGAGGUACACGGAAUCACCGUUUCAAGAUGAACAGAAAAGGGAGUGCAAGGCGGACCUCUUCGGCGAAAAGAAGAGAAAAAGGACCGAGUCGAACAACAACGAGCAACACGAGACGGUCGUGGAGGACGAGAAACACGCGAUAAAUUCUUUCUUAACGACGCCACCGGAGGAGAAUAACUUUCGCAGCGAAAGGACGUGUAAGGGUGUGCGUUAUCAAAAGUUCCUCGCCGAACAGAUGAAAAAUAUCGGUCCGCCUGGGCAACAAAGCAAACGAAGACGAGUGACCACAAGCCAAGGCUCCGACGAACGUCCGAACGAAAGAAGAAAUUCCAUUUCCUCAAAUGUCAGUGAAAAGACAGAUUCCUUGAGCAGCGAGGGCGGAAACAGUUCCCGUGGGGAACUGGAACAUCUUGUGGAGAGCGCUGAAGGGAACAUGGAAGCUUCCAAGCCCGAAGAUACGGAGACCGAGGGAGCCGAAGCUCACGUAGAUUUUGGACCUUGGACGGCACGCAAAAGAUUUCGAGCUGAGGAUUUCAAUUUGGAAAAGAAGAUCGAGGCAUUGCCGUCGUUAAGUUUAGAAGAAUUUCAAGAGAAGAAAAAGCAGCAGCGUACGAAGAAAAAGAAAAUCCUGCAAAAGUUCAACUCCACGGCGAGCAAGAAGCACCAGAAUAAUUCGUCUGCUAGCGGCCAGACGAACGGCCAAACUCGAAGAGUUCAUGCGACGAAUGUGGUUUCCGAGGAAUCGGAGAAAGCCCUUCUUGUAGGAAGCCAGAAACGAAAAGCUCGAAAGCAGACCAUCACGAGGAACGCUGCGGCAAUCAAUUCCUUCACACACUCCGAAGACCAAGAACCAAAUAAAUCUUGGUGCGCGUCUCCAGAUCUUGAAGCUCUAGCGUGCCUUGCAACGGUUGCCGCCAACAGAACAAAACUUACCAAAAAUAACGCUUAAUCGUGUUACCGAUCGAUGGGUACGAUGAAUGAGUUAUGCUACAUAGGAUCGCACUGAGAGAGAAAUGAAACUUUAUUGAGUUCUUUUCCAUGCAAUUUCCUAUCACCGGAAUUAUUAAGAUAUAUUUCUCCAAGUGCUGUUAUAAGUGAUACUGCUGCAGUAUCGAUACCGGUAAUGAUUACUGUUAAUAUCUUUAUUGUUAAUCUUUACUAUAUUACGGAUUUUAAUAUUACGACUGCUAUUGACUGUAGACUAUUCCAUUAUUCAGUAUACGUGAGGGAGGUGUUCUUUUGUUUUCUCAGAAUAAUUGUUUUAUCAAUCAAACAGAAAGAGAGAAAGUAUCGUUUCGCUCUAUAUAUAUAUUUGUUCUGUGAGAGCUCAAUUUCCAAUUUUACGGUUUGGGAAGAUAUAUUUUAUUUUCACGUUGCACCUAAUUGUACAUGGAACAAUGUUGAAUCGUCUAGUACGUUAUAUAAUUAUACUUUCCUAUGAAUAGAAAAUAUUUUAUGUUGCGCAUUACUAAGUUCGCAAUAAUAUUUUUAGUUGUCCAUGCUUCUCCUCCGUUACAUUCAUGUGGAUCCUUUACUGGAAUGCUUAUAGGGAAAAUAUCCUACGAGUCAUACUGAUAACAAAUCUGAUUAGAUAAUGCAUAGCUACGAUGUCUAUGACUAAUAUGUCAAGAUAUAGGUUGAUUUGAAUGACUAAGACACAAACAUGAGGGCUGUAUCUGUGCUAUUUUUUCGACGAGAGAUCUAUCCUGUAUUCCUAUAACGUGUUACUUUUCUGUUAUACGAGACGAAUUGAGUUAUUGUUUCCAUUACAUCGAUUUGGAGCAAAUCGUAACAUUUGGGAGGAACUCAUUAUUUCCGAUGAUGUAUAGUAGGCGCGAAAAUAUUUCAUCUUAUAUGUUGUAUUUUACUGGCGUUUAAUGUACAUAGGUAUAGGUGCAGUAUUACAGAUAUGAAAUGGAAUAUCCUUCACGAUAAGACCCAAACAUCAAAAAGGAUAUAAUCAAAAAUAUGGAUAUACACAUACACACCUGUGCGACCAUUGUUUACAUGUUGGUACAUGCAUACGCGCGAAUAAACAAGCGUGUACACGUGUAAAUUUAAAUAUGUACAGAAUCAUCAACUGCAUACGCGCAUGCAUGCUAGACAAAUGUCCCUUCGUAUUGAAAUACGUGUAUAUCCGUGUAUGCAUGUAUAUAUAGCGAUAAGACUAUCCAUACAUAUAUGAUUAUAUAUUUAUAAUAUUUAUAUCAGCUAUAUUAUCUUAUUAUAUUAAGACCACACAAAGAUGUGUGUGCGCGUGUGUGUGUGCGCGACUUUGUGCUCUGUUUGAGAAAGUAAGAGACUUGUCUGUGAUUUCGGCUAAAGGAAUUUUUAAUAUUUUA